CAAGUAUUUUAGAUAUGCAAGAUUGGGGAAUCAAAUUUUAUGAGCAACAACAAUGUACUUAUAUUGUACUUUGUGAUUAUAAAGAUAUUGUUGAAGAAGAAAAUCCUAUUAUACAAGCUAUUGUACAGCAAUCAGCUUAUAAUAAGAAGUUUUAUAAACCAAAAUAUAAACAGG